AUGGCGGCGCUUGGCAGCCGUGCAAAUCGGCCAGAAACGGCGAAAAAACAAAGCAAGUCUCCUCUUGUAUCGCCACUGAAAGUGCGAGAACUUCUCAACGAAGGGGUCGCCUCGGAAGACAGCGUGUUAAACUGUUCACAGCAGGAUGCAAACACACUAUCUCCGAAUGGCCUUGGAAAAGCUCCUUGCGAAGCAGCAAACAAAGAGUCUUUUUUUAACAGAGUGGAAUCCUACUCGUGUCUGAAAUGGGCUGGAAAGCCGAGUGUGCUUUCAUCACCUCUGAGAUGUGCACGAUACGGCUGGAUCAAUGUAGACUGUGACAUUGUGAAGUGUUGUAGUUGCCAGGCUUUCCUCUGUGCAUCAAUUCAAGCGACCUUAGACUUCCAGAAAUAUAAAGGACGGAUUUCAGAGGUGCUCCAGCAGCCAACGCAGCAUGAGAAAUUCUGUUCCUGGCCAGAUUUUCCAUGUCCAGAUCGCUUCUGGAUGGUUCCUAUUAAUGAGCCUACAGUAUUACUCAGUGCCUUUCUAGAGCGUUUCAAGAGCACUUGCCUCCUAGAACAGCAGCUGCCUGCUAUGAAACCUGAGCAACUCAAAGCCAUGGCUUUGACUGAAGAUAUUAUAAGUGUCCUCCUACAGCUGAUUGAGGAUGAGCAAGUGAAGCAAGGCAGUUCUCCUUCUAAGGUUUCAUCUGAUCCUCUGUCUGUACAGGUGGCAGCAUGUAUCUUAGCCCUUUGUGGUUGGGCAGCCAGCCCGUCGCUCCAUGCUAUGAAUCUGCCCAUCCUCACGUGUUCAUACUGCAUGAGAAAAGUAGGAAUGUGGAACUUCUACCAAAUGGAUACUGUUUUAGAGGCUGAAAACCCACCCUCUCAUCCAUCUUCUACUUCUGUGACUUCAACUCAAGGGAUGAGCGGGGAAAAGGGCACACCUACGUCACCGUCCCAAUCUCCCACACCAUGUCGCAUGAAGUUGCGUAGUCAAGACUCCACACGCUCUGAGCAGGCAGAGAGUACACCUCUACGCACUAGAAAGGACUCUCCUACCCCACAUGAUGAGCAUCCCAGCCCCCUGUCCAGGGGUAAGAGACCCAUGACCCGCAGCAGGGGCCAGGGAGAGGGCCAGUCGACGGAUGUGCCCUCUAGUCAACAGAGAAAAACAAAACGGCCACGUCUCUCCUCUGCCAGUGAAGGCCCGUUGCACAGAAAAUGGUUUGACCCAGUAGCCCAGCACAGAGACUGGUGUCCUUGGGUGAGUGUGGAAAAAGAGGACAGCAGGGACAGCCUCUGAUUUGUUGGCUGUGAAGCAGAGCUCCCCCAACCAGGCUGGAAAGCAGCUCUUGCCCUGUUUUCUUCCAUGAAACAAAGCCUCAAUCCAGUAGGAGCCAGUUCGUCUCAGGGUCCUCAUGACAAUCAAAAAGGGUAUUUCAUAUUUCGACAGUGGCAGGUAUCAUCCCCAUCCCAGUAGUCUGUGUUGGACUGGAUCGCCUGGUGAUGUUAACCUAGUGUACGCUGCUCUUUGUCAAUUUACAGUAGUGUUUUCUUUAUCAUGUGAGUCUUGUUUACAGUAUUGGGUUUGGUUGGGACAGUAAAUCCACAUGGAUCGAGCUGGACUGUGCUGAAAGACCUUGUUUUGGAACAGUAAAGCCUGGCAGAGUUCUUCAGAAAUUGUAACUUUUCCACACUGUUUUAAUUCUAGGUCUGUCGAUUCUGCCUUUCAGCAACAGCAGACCAAAGCUCUUUACCUCUCAUGGACUGCCAAAUAGUCCAAUACCACCUUACUACACUGGACAACAUGGUAGUUGUAUCAAAAACUAACACUUUUCAUAUUAUAGUAUAGCUAAGGAGAACCAGUGUUUGCAGGCUUGUCUUUUUUUUUUUUGGCGUUUUAAAG